AUGAGUGAUGUUGAUCCCUCCGCUCCUAACAGUCCCUCAUCCAUGCACAUCGUGCUACCAUUACGAGGUGUUCAGUGGUCUAGUCUUCGCUACCUUCCGUCUGAUUUCCCUACUUGGGGAUCCUCGUCUUCCUCUGCCUCCAGGCUUCACCGACUGCCUUCAGAGAUGGUUGAGUCUGAAGCAAAUGCGGCAAGCGAUCUUCAUUGCUACUUCUUUGAACACGAGGAUAACGGAGGGACUGAAAUCACUGUCAUCUUCCCCAACAAACAGGCCGCUGUUUCGACACUCAGGUUAUGUCAGCAGUUUGGUGGAGUGUGUAAAGAGAAUGAUCCACCGGAUUCAUCGAAUCUCUCCUACUCCCUUUCCCUACAUACCGGCCUAGCUGCACAUCACCCUUCUCACGGUGGCGGUGCCCUUCGUCACACUCGCAAAAGUCUUCCUGACUCGGUCAUGCGUCGAAGAUUCGCUACCGACUUUAGCCAUCAGGAAGGAAAACGUACCGGAGGUAAAUUGAAUGAAGGAAUGUCGUAUAACAAAAAGGAUCAUACCUCCACAACCACGGCGGACCGUUCAAUUGGCACGGAUGACGCCGUUGGAGUGGACGGAACAUCACGGUUCCGCUUUCUUUCCUCUGCCGCUGCUCCGUUCUUCAAGGGCAUUGUAAAUGCUCUCAGCAACUCUCGACCCCCUCCCACUCUUACCACCCCUAGCCCCUCUUCCCCACUCUCCAAUCCAGAGGAAUUAACUCAUCGAAUUGCUGCCGUUAUUGGCGAACCGCCAGAUUUCUCUGACCUCAAUAAACCAGGUCCUGUUUUUGGUGCUCCCCUUGAAAGUCAAAUUCCUAGUCCUGAUUACCCGAAAGUUCCUCUCAUUCUACAUGCUAUGGUGAUGGCACUUGAACUCCAUGGCUUGCAUCACGUCGGUCUGUAUCGUGCUCCUGGAAGGCAGAAGGAAAUAAAUCGUUUCGUUUGCCUCGCCAAUUUGACAUCCCUUGAUCCCAAAGUGAUGCUUCAACUUGACACCUGGAGAGAUAUUAGAGCCUUGACUGGCGUGAUUAAGAUUUUCUUCCGUCGUCUUCCCGAGCCCAUCUUCGACCCAGUCUUGUGGGGACCACUGGCCUCUAUCGUUCCAGAGAGUUCUGAGGAGUAUGAUAAGGCCUCACUGGCUUAUAUGCUGCUAGGCAUCCUUCCCAAACUCGAUAAGAUCAGAUCACCAUUUUCCCCAUCCCCUACCUCACUGAACAGCCCUCAUCGGGUUGAUAGUGCUAAAUAUGAAAGGUCGAUGACUUCCUGGCCUUUUGCAACGCUGGAUUUCCUUUUUGGUCAUCUCCGUCGUUUGGUAGCUUUGGAGGAGGCUAAUCAAUGCUCUUUCGGAUGCAUUGCCAUCUGCUUUGGGCCUUCGCUCUUUCGUGGAGACUCCCCUCUUCAGCCCAAGUUUAACAAGCUCCUCGAGGUCAUGCUACAGCACUGGCCUUGGCUGGUAGCGGGUUUUUCGGAAACCCCUAACGACAUCAAUGGUACAGAUCGCACUUCGUCGCGUCAUCCCACCCUGUCCGAGACGGAAGCCUAUGUAGAGCACUUUUUCGUCAACGGCACCGACUUCAGUGAGGAGUCUUGCUUCCACUUCCGUCCACUGGAAAAUAUUAAAAAGGGGGCAUUUUUUUCAAACGACCUGACGGAAGACGUCCUUAUCGCCGUUGAGGACAUUUUUGCAAGAGCCGGCGCGCCUGUGAGACAUGUUUCCAGAAGUGAGUCUAUCAAGAGCAUCGACAAAAAUUCCGAUGAGAGCGGAAGCCUUUUGGACGUAAUAAUGCGAUCUCUUUCUGCCUCUUCGGAUCUCGAUGAUCGGAAGCUAGUAGUCUCUCCCAUUUUUGAAGACGGUCCCAAUGCGAUAGUAGGGGAACAGCGUGACUGUGAUCACUUAAGUGCGGCUUCACCCUCCUCAUCAUCCACACAACGGACAGACUUUUGA